AACUAACCCUCACCACUCUGUAAUCUGCUUUCCUUCAGCGGCUCCUUGUGGGAGCCUCCCUCUCUGAUCGAUGAUUGGCUGCGCGGAUCUCUUCGACCCGGCCAUUGGUCGAGACAGAUGUCCACCACAGCGGCUUUGCCUUUGGACAGAAAAGCCUCCGCAGUCUCCUGUCAGCAGCGCCGCAGUGAAGUAGUUCUGCAGAACACUUGUAACCACACGAUGACGCGUGCAGCUCCGCAGCCUAUUGUGGGCUAAAUCUGCCAUCAGUGUCCAGAUUCAGAUACAGAAGAACUUUGAUGAGAUGAAACGUUCAGCUUGAUAUCCAGAUAUAACUUUAGAAGUGACCGAUUCAAGCUGUGAUCUCCACACCAACAGCCCACGCCAUGGAGGCCGCAGAGGACGUCCCGAAUCCUGCUCAGUUCAGCGAGGAAACUGCAGCGCGCAUUGUUUCUGUGAAAGGCUUAAAGGACAGCUGGCAGAAGUGGUCCAAUGAGCACCAGGAGUACCAGAACCACAACCCCUUCAGUCACGACACCAGGCCCAGGGUGUCGGCCCCUCGGAGGGGGCAGGGGGACUACGGGAGACCCCCGCAGGGCUCCAUGACGGAGCAGCGAGGGAGGGAAGCCCAAACACACGUCGGCAGAGAGGUGGAGGAGCUGUGUGAGGCGAUAAGAACCAUCGGACGGCCGGGAGACAAAGACGGACGUGAUGGGAGAGUCUUCACUGUGGAGUUUGGGGAACUGUUUGAGCGUUACGCGACCAUCUCCAGCAAACUGGUGGGGCUUCUGCUCCGGGCCAGGAAGCAGCGGCUGCUGGACUUUGAGGGGGAGAUGCUGUGGCAGGGGAAGGACGACCACGCAGUCAUCACUCUGACUCUGUCAAGUUUCAUGAAGUAGAUCAGUAACAUUGAUGUAUAUGGCACAGACAAAGGGUCAAAGUGCAGUUCAGUAGUCAACUCAAACCAUGUGGCAACAGCGAAACACGUCAACAGUGAUGAGUAUUUAUGCCUCGAUUCAUUAGACAUGAGCUUCAGAGAGCACGCUAGUCAUGACCACUCUCAUUGACAAGUAAACACUUGCUAAGGAGUGUACACUACGUACAGUAGGCUCCUAAGGAGUGUACACUACGUACAGUAGGCUCCUAAGGAGU